AUGAUAUCUGUUUCAAAAUACCAUGCGGAAAUUGAAAUAAAAAACAGCAACGAUUCAAUAAUUGUUCCGGAAACACCAGCACCUGGUUUAAAAUUACGUUAUGAUGGUAACAGAUCAUCAGUCACCGACAGCGAUGAUUCCGUUGUUCUCGGGACUCAAGAGACCAAAGAUGAGGCCGUAUUUGCAAAGCCUACCUCAUUACCAAUUCGUAGUCCCAGUACUCGAGAUGCUCGUGCUAAUGCUCGAAGAAAAUUAAAUGCCAGCAUUCACGAUAUUGAAACUCAGCGACAAUCAGAGGAAAAUAAUGAUCCGUCUAUUUUUGACCGUGAAACGCAACAAGUUGAUAAUUCUAAUAAAAAAAAAUCAAUUUACGAUGUGGAAACACAGCGACAAUCAGAGGAAAAUAAUGAUCCAUCUAUUUUCGACUGUGAAACGCAACAAGUAAAUAGUUCUAAUAAAAAAAAAUCUAUUUACGAUGCAGAAACCCAGCAGUUGGAAGAAAAUGCUGUUAAAAAUGAAGUUUUUGACUUGGCAACCCAGAGAUUACCUGAAGAAGCGGAUGCCGAGUCUGAUAUUUAUGCCAUGAGCACACAGCAGAUAAGUACGACAGACAACCGAGGCAUUCAUGAGUUAGAAACACAAAAAAUAAGUGUAAAAGAUGAAGCUUCAAGUUUGUAUGAUGUAGCUACGCAACAAAUUGCGGAAGACGAUGAUAUUUAUGACUGUGAAACUCAGCGUAUAAAUAAACAGUUUGAAAUUACUAAAAUAGUCGAUGACUUCGAAAAGAACGACGAGUUGGUAGAUAAUAACGAGAUACAGUCAAAACAAAGCUCUUCGGUUCAUCAAAGUAGUUCUGGAAUCACUAAUACCUCCAAAAAAUCUACGGACAAUGAUAGGACAACGAUAGGACCAACAUCGGCCAGUAUCAAUACACACAAUCAUAUAAUCGCUGAAACAGACGACGAGUCUGAGACGGAUGAUGAAGAAGCGAUAAUUAAUCAACAUAAUGAGAUUAAAGAUAGGUCAAAAAUUGAUGAUAAAAAAACAUCUAAAAAUAAUACAGUUGUUAACGAUUCAGACACUGACGAUGAAGAGUUUGCUCGGAUACAAGAUAAGAAACAAAGUAAUAUAAAUAAUGAUAGUGACUCCGAAACGCAUGAUGAAAUUCCGGAGUCUGAUAUACCAGAGUCUGGUGUUAUAAAUGUUGAUAAAAAUAAAUUUUUAAAUAGAGUUGAUAGUGAAGCAGAAAGUAAUGCAUGUCCAAGUCCAGUGCUUGUUGAUUUUUCUAAAAUUCAACACCCUGGUUCUGAGCAAAAUUAUAAUGAUGAUGAUGAUGAAACUGAUGAUGAUGAGGUUUAUAUGACACCUAACCAGGUAGUGUCACCUCACAGAAAAUUAGCGUCAAAAAUUGAACAGCCUGGUCUAGAGCGAUAUGAUACUGCGCCUUUAGUAUCAGUUGAGCCGGCUGCUGGAGUUUCUCCAAGAAAUAAUGAAUUAGAAUGCGACCCUGAUGCGCUGACUCAAAUUAUUCCCUUAAAUACUAAUACUAAUGCAUAUCUUAAUGAUGCGCCAACUCAAUUAUUAAAUUUAGAAACUCAAAAACUUAAUAUUGUUAAAGAGAGCAAAAAUAAAAAUAAUGAUGAUAGUAUUGAUUCUGUUGAUUUAGAAAAUGCACCGACGCAAAUUAUAAAUUUUGAAGGGCCAAAAAAAAAAUGUGAAUUAAAACAUGAUAAUUUGGAUGAAAAAUCUCUUGUAAAGAAUGAUAGAAUUUCACGCAGAGCAUCUUCAACUCCUCUUUCUUCAGGAAAGAGAAAAAUAAAAUUUACCGCUGUGAAAAAUUGUACAGUUGAUCUUGAUAAAUUGCAAGGGGAUAAUUUAAAUUCGGAUGAAAAAAAAUCAAUAAAUAAAAAAAAAGAAUUUGAAAAUAAUGAUAAAGUAAAUAGUAGUGAUUUACACAAUGACAGUUUAGUUAGGAAUUUAGACGCUAUGUUCGGUGGUAGUAAUGAUGAUGAAUUUGAGGACGCGAUUCCACUUCAAACUCAGCAGCUUAAGGAAAUAUUAGAUGAUGUACCUGAGAAAUUACAUAGUAAACCCGGUAGUCAAGAAAAUAAAAUUAAUUUGGUGAAUAAAAAAAGCAGUGAAUCCCAGGUGGAUUCAGGUCCUGAUACGCAAGAGGCUUACUUCGCUAAGUUGUCCUCUAGAAAGAAGAAAUCUAAUAUACUUGUUGACAGUCAAGGAAGUUCUUCGUCGCAGAAGUCUGGGAAAAGUCAAGGUAAAGCGGCGAAGAAAGUUGUGUAUGCGCCGGGUACAGCUGGGUUUUCUAAUGGGGUUCCAGUUGAAGGUGAUGAAUCUGUCGCAGUGUACGAGUCACCAGAAAAAAAACUUAAAACUAAAGUUACAGAAAAAGGUGCAAAACCCGAGAAAGAAAAAAAACAAACGGUUAAUCCGGUUAAUGAAGACGAUUUUUUUGCAGGCUUACCAGAUGUUCGUGUUGCUGGUACUGAUGCUAACCCAGCAAGUUCGACUGUUUAUUCUUCAGAUAGUGAAGAUGAUUAUUCAUCAGGUAACAUUGUUCAAAAACUUCAAAAAUCAAUGGCGAAAAUAAAGGCGAUGUCAGAGGAAGACGACGAUGGUAUUUUUAGUAAUUCAAAAAUAAUUCCUAACUCUAGUUUUAGUCAUACAGAUGUUAAGUUACCCAAAUUAAAGAGUAUUGACGAUGAUGAUUCUUCGUCUGAUGGUGAGGUUGAUUUUGCUCGUUUAAAACAGUUGGCAGAUCGCCUUCUUAAUGCUAAUGACAAAGAAAAAAUUUUGACAGGUCUCAAGAAAGUUGGGAGUAAAAAUAAAAACAAGGUAAAGGUUAAAGAAGAAGCGGCUGCGGCUAGUAAAGUCGCUGAUAGAAAAUCAACAAGAAAGCGCGUACUUCCUCAGAAGUUGAAGAGUGGAGCAUUUGUUAUUGAUGAUGGUGAUUUGAAUGAAGGUGAAGGUCAAGAUCAAGAUCAAGAUCAAGACCAUGCAGUACCUGCGAAGCGGCCUCGCAAAGCUCUGAAGAAUUCCGAGUCAAAUAAUUCUAGUGUCGCAGAAAAAGCUCAAGCUGAGCCUAAGAAAAAAGCUCCUGCUAAACGAACGAAAAAAGUUAAUGACGAUCAGAGCUUGCUCAGCGCUUCAGUGAGCUCGGGUACCGAAGACCAGAAAACUGCUACUAGAGUAGAGGCGAAGAAAAAGACUGUAGCUAAACGGUCUAAAAAAGUGGAUGUUGAUCAGAGCUUGCUCAGUGCUUCAGUGAGUUCGAAUAAUAGUAAUAAUGAGGAGCAAAAUACUGGAGCUAAGAAAAAAACUGCGGCUAAACGAACUAAGAAAGCGGCUGCUGAUCAAACGACUUUGGAUACUUCCAUUUCUUCGGCAUCCUCGAGUACUCUUAACAGUACAAUUGCAUCUAAAAGGUCGAGAAAUAGUGUUAUGGAUUCGCCUUCUACUUCAGCUAGGUCGAGACACAGUCAUCGUCCGGCUGAGAUGCAGUAUAAAAUUAUGUUUACUGGGAUUGAUUAUGAGAUACAUGAACAAGCCGUUCAGAGUCUUGAUCAAUAUAUUCUGCGUGAUUCAGCAGCUGAAGCGAGAUUUAGAUUUAAUUUAAAACAAAGUUUGAUUAAAUCUAAGGAAAAAAGUUUGCUGCACAAUUUGACGUUUGUUGUUACAUCUGGUGUUAAUCAACCUGGCUUCAAUGAACUUAAAAAUAUAAUACAAGUUGCUGGUGGCAAAGCUUUGGUCCGACCUCCCAAAACAUGGACCAAUACUUAUAUUAUCAGCUGUCCAGCUGAUAUUUCUAAACUUAAGAAAUUAACAGCAAACGUGCCAAAUGAUAUCCAAGUUCCUGUUGUUACGACAGAAUUUUUGCUGUCUGGAAUUCUGAAACAAGAAUUAAAUGCAGAAGAACAUAAGCUUACGAACCGCUGUGAUAAAAAAAAUGACAUUAAAUUAUCCGACAUUUGA